AAUAACCAUUAUACGUGAUGUUCAUAAUUGCCUGCUCUGUCAAUUUGUUUUGUUUUGCUCAGAAAAAUAUCGACGGAAAAGGAUUAAAAUGAGUGUUGAAUUGUGGUUUGAUACCGAUAGUGAAGACGAGGAGGAUUAUACCGUCCUGGCAGCGGAACGUAGGCGGAUAAGAGAUAAAUCAAAUCCGCUGGAUCAAACUGAAAAAUCAUUCAUUCAAUUCUUCAGGAUUUCUAAGGAUAUUUUUAAAUAUUUAUUGGAUAUUAUCGAUACAAAAAUCAACCCUAUUCAACAAUCUACGUCGGUUCCUCCAAUGAUUAUGCUGGCAGCUUCAUUAAGAUUUUUUGCAGAAGGGAACUAUCAGAAGGGCGUAGGAAACGAUCGCUUCAUUGGAUUAGCACAACCUACGAUGUCAAAAGUUUUGAAACUUGUUUUGGGCAUAAUUGAAACAGAAGUCUGUGCGGCCGUCAUCCAGUUUCCAUCCGAAGACAAUGAAAUAAGCGCCAUUAAAUUAGGUUUCUAUGGAAAAACUGGAUUCCCAGGAGUAAUCGGAUGUGUAGAUGGAACCCACGUUAGUAUCAUUCCGCCAGUCCGCAAUAAACAUCUGUUCUACAAUCGCAAAGGCUUUUACAGUCUGAAUGUAAUAUUGGUUUGCGAUCAUAAUUUGAUGAUUCGGUAUCUUAAUGCUAAUCAUCCAGGUUCCUCGCAUGACUCGUUUGUUUGGAAUGGCAGUUCUCUAAAUCAGUUGCUGUUACAAAGAUACAAUAACGGGGAGAGGAACACCUGGUUACUCGGUGAUGCUGGUUACCCUUUGACACCAUUUCUGAUAACUCCUUUCCGUACGGGUGAAAAUACCACAGAACGACAGACGAGGUUCAACGAAAUUCACUCCAAAACUCGAAUCACCGUGGAAAGAGCAAUUGGAGUGGUCAAGAAUACCUUCCGAUGCUUGCUAGCAGCAAGACAGCUGUAUUAUAAACCUGAAAAAGCUACGCAAAUUAUCAACGUUUGCGUAGCCCUACAUAACCUCCGCAUGAAGUAUAAAAUGGAAUACGAUGAACCAGAAUUACCAAAUGGAGAGAACGAUCCAGAACUGCGCGAUGUGGGUAGAAAUGAGAGUGAUGCGAGUAGAAUCAGAGAAGAAAUUAUGAACAACAUUUUAUGA